AUGCGCUUCACGCAGGCUAGCCUUGCUCUGGGCUUCCUCUUCUCGUCCUCUUUCGCGUACACGCAAGGUCCGGCUGGCAUUACCUCCGAUCCAUUCUUAUGCACCGCAUGUGCACCUAUCGAGCGACUGCGUGCGCCUGUUUUUGGCAUGGAAAUCUCUCCAGACUACAUAACGGUCGCGGUGAAGCAUGCGAAUGGGACAAAUGCCCGGCUGGCGAAGUUCGAGCCGGGAUAUGCGUUCUACGAGCUCCUGAUGACCGCGAUGGAGGCGCGAGAAGUGCAGACCUGCGCGGGUCUGUCGUUGGACAGCCCGGGGUUGGAAGGGCAGUUGGCCUUUAAGCAUGCGAUCGUGGUAGUCGCCGACGAGCUCCACCGCGUUAUACAACGUCUCCGUCAACUCUACCCCGAAGUAGAGUUUAAACAUGGCGGCAUCGCUGUUCCAGACUACAUCUACACGAGUCCACUCCACCACAUGAUCUUCAAAUGGUCCCUGCGGGCCCCCGGUCUCCCCGACGCGGAGAACGAGGGACUAGUCAAACUAUAUCCCGCCGAUGCUGCCGCGAUAGCUGCGGCAGCUCCGAAAGUCUUGGAGAGUAUGGACAUACAGGAUUACAACUUCGACGCGCUUGUUGUGUCGAAUGUGAGCUCAUACCUGUCAGCCUCCUGGUACCAGUUCAGCUUCACUCAGAAGACGAUCGGGCAAAUGGCCGAGCCCAAGGUCGAGUACUUUCAUGCCCGCGAAUCUAAGCGAGAGCCUGUAAUGGAGGUCGCCCAAAAGUUCGUUAUUGCUGAUCUGUCGAGUGUGGGUGCCUUCGUCCGCGAGAGGGAGGCCAUGUACGAGCAGCGCAGAGGCUACGGAAAGCGGCUAAUGAGCGGUAAUUCGAAGCUCAUAUUACGACUUAGCAGCAGCUCUGAUGAUGACGUUCACGAAUUCGGGAGAGGGAUGCACGAAUUCUUGGAGAAGUCGCGGUUCGAUCCGGCCAGUCUCAUGACCACUGUGUACCGCGAGGAGGGCGAGGAUUGGAUGUGGGCACCCGCACUCUGGCUCGCUGGCCACAUGAAGGACUUCGUGGACUCUGGCAUCCCGCUAGGCUGCUACUACAAACACCCUGUGUGCAAAGAGCUGAAAGAGUGCGUGCGGAGGGAGGCGCUGGGUGAGCUGAUCAUUUGCGAAGACGUCGUCAUACCGGAAGAGACUAUGCGCGAAAGGAUCGAGAAAGGCGGGAAAGGGGGGUGGUGGGACAUUUACAUGGACUUUAUCUUCCCUUGGGCCGAAGAACUGCUCAACGAGGCAGAAGCAAGACUGUGGUUGCUGUACUGUCGACCCUCCACGGCUACGCUCGCCCCACCAUCCAAAUCGAAAUCUCUCUGCGAACACGCGAUAGUUCCCAUCUCCGACACGGACUUUGGCAUUCUGACCGACUACCUGCACAUUACUAAUAGAGUGGUUACAGCCGUCGCGGAGUACUGGCUUGGUGGAAGUACGAGUCUGGCCAUGCUGGGUGUUCCUGUAUCCUGGAUUGGGACGGAGGAUUCGCUGAAGAUCUUGUUCUGGGCUGUCAGCAGAGUUAUUGGGCUGGACAAUUUUAAGAAGCUGACUAAGUUCGUUGAGGACGAAGAGGACCUAGAGAUAGUUUGA